CUAGGGGUUGAAAAGUUAUGCAAUUAAAUAUCUCUCGACUCUGUGCAUAACAAACUUAUUAAUAUUUUGUUAUGACGUGCAAGUGUGCCUCUCUAAAUUGUGGAAUUCAUGAUCCCUGUGCUAUAUAUUCUGGUGUUAGUUUUAGGCUCUUACGAUAAUAUUUGAAUAGUGAACAUGCAUUACCAGUUCCUCCUCCAUUUCUUGAGGGGGCACACGUGGUGCAUAGUUGGGAUUAACAACUAAGCCUUAACAAUAUUAUGAAAGGCAAACUUGGUGAGAGCAUGAUUAGGACAAGCAUGGAGACAUUUUCCAAAGGAAUUUCAUUAUCUUGCAGAUGAAUUGAGUACAUGGUAAAAAAUGAACAAGGAGCCAUGUAUGUAAGUAAAGAACAAAAUGGCCCCUCUGUGCUAGGUUCUGUUUGGUUGGGUGGUAAUGGUCCUAUUGGUCAUAUAGUGAAAAAAAGACUGCUGGAGAGAAUUUGCAUUUCUAGUAAAGUAUGACUAGUCCAUCAAUGCACAGGACAGAGUCCAUUCCCUCCACCCCCAACCUAAUGUUGAUAAAUUGUACCAUGGAGAUUUUCCAUCUUAUCCAUACUUUUUCCACCUAUGCAUGAGCACAAAAUUGGAUUAAACACUGGACUGAAUUGCAGAUGAGUGUCCAUCAUUCACAGGGCUGGAUUAUGCUCUGGUUAUCAUUAAGGCCCACAGGCCUCUAUGUCCCCCAGCCAGUUUAGUGCUGGUUGCGACUGUGGCACUCUUAAACGCAUAGCAGAAUCAGAAUUACUGUAAUAUCUAUUUAAUACGGGACUUGAUCUUUAUGUUCACUCUGUUUUCCUGUUAUUUGGCUUAAAUCAUUUACCACAAAUUUCAUUUAUUUUAAAUGAUCAUUAUCAAGGGUGGUCCAAUGUCUGAUAAUUCCUGUCAUUAUUUCAGUGUGGGCAAAAUGUAUAAUAAAACAGUCGGUGUGAUUUAAGAAUGUCAUUUGUAGGCAUUUAUCAAAAUGUAGCUGUUUGAAAUCUAUGGAAUGGUUUGCGAAUCUAUUUUUUCAUUAAGAAUAUUUGGUGUUAUUUAAAAAAAAGGGAUCAUUGUGGCUGUACAAUGACAUUUUUUUCUCUCAUUGAAACGCAGUUAUUAUUAGAUAAAAAAGUCUUAUAGAUUAUGUUGAAAGUAAUUGCAUUGAAGAGAAGUGAAAUAAAAUUUGGGCUAUUGAUUAAUGCAAUAGGAUGUUCACAUCCCAGACAAUCACAUUCUGUCAUGUUCAGCUUCAAUAAGUUGUCCAAGCUGAUUUAUUGAUUUCAACCCCUUGUAAACUGUCGACUUGAAUUUUGUUUUUGGCAUGGCAUGUUGCACAGAUUGAAGUCCUUCAUUGAAGUGAUGUGACUCUGCUGUCGCGAAAAACUUGACAAUAUUCUGUACAAGAUUGGAGACGGAUUUAUGCUAGCACAUAGAUUUAGCUUUAUCAGUAUCAUGUACUGUGGAAUGUGAACUUCUCUAUACAUACUGUUCUUGUUUCUCACUUUCAAACUGAUAUAUUUUAUGGCUGAAUAAUCAACAAUAAGAAAUGAAUCACUUAAAAAUCCAGUCUCGCUAUCUCAUUUUUUAUAUAAAUAUACCUUAGCUGGGAAUUUUUUAUUAACUAAGAAUAAAAAACCCUCAAUGGUCUUUGUUAUAUUAUAACAAAAGUCUCACACGAAAUUCAAUGUCCACUUAUGCAGUGUUCUAUACUUCAAUCGAACAAUUAUCCUGAACUAACCAAUUCCUGGGUCCACUACUGCUACAAUUCAAUGUACUCGGUUGCAUCCUCAUUGUAGAGUUUAAGUUGGGUAGAUAUUUAGAGAGAACUUUUAAAUUGUUGUUUAAGACAAUUAAAGUAAAUGGAUUCAAAGUAAAGUUUGAAAGGAAAGCAGCGAGAAAUCAAUCUGCUUCAUUGAUUUUGACUGUCCUGAAUAUAUUGCUCCCUUUCAUACCAUUUUCCCAUUGAUUUCAAGCAUUGACAUUGACAAGCAAAAGAAGAAAUUUCCUCUCUGCAUGAUUGUUAAAAACCUAAGGGAAGAGAGGUUCAUACAAAUCAAUUUAUUUUUUUUGCUUUUUAGAGAAAAUUUUCUGUUACGCAAGGGAGUAAUUGUAAUGCAUUUAAUAUUUUAACAUGGCUUUCUUUUUUAAGAUAAUAUCUGUAGGAUGAAGUUGAAUAAAGGAUUGAUGCACAAUUCAUUUUUUUUCUUGCUUCAUGUCUUAUAUAAAUAUUGUUUUAAAGCUGCUAGACAGUAUAGAAAACAGGUAAGGUAAAUUUAGGUUCUUAUUUUCCACAAUAUUUUUUCCGAAGAAACUAUUAUAUCAUUGUGCAUAAUUCUAUUGUUUAGUCAUGAUGUCAUGAACAUUUUGUGCAACUAAGAUGAUGUUAAAUUGUGCCAUUCAAGCACUGUACCAUAAUGACCUUCAUAGAUGACGGAGCCAAAUGGUAGGAGUUGUCAAGGUGCUAAUUGAGGCUUUAUCUGGUCCAGCCUUACGUUUUCUCCACCAGUUUAUGUGAGUUGUCAUGGAGACGAUGUGUUGCUGUAGAUAUGAUUGUAAAAAUGUAGAUUGAAUUGUUAUUAGAGCUUGGAGUUUGGGAUUUUGUGUUAAGGAAAUCUGAUCAGCGGAGAUUCAGUUCGAACAAUUUGUCCAUAGAAUUUUACUUCAUUGCCAGGGACUAGAAUACUGCAGGUUGCAGAUGAUUCAGAAAUGUGACUGUGCAACAGUUUACAAGUGACAGAUAUAGAGCAAUUCAAAGAGUGAGAUUUUGAGGAAGGAGAGAUUUGACUGGCUAGGUGCCACCGCCCUAUGACUGGCCUAUAGAUGAUGGUCUCGGAGUGGAUUGCUAGUCUAGACAAAAGACCAUGUGACCGUACGGGAGAAGAGUUGGAUUUAAUUUAUUCCCACCUGAAGAACUUGAAGGCCUUUGAGAAGUUCCACCCCAGUCUUCUCCAGCAGAUCUGUGUGUACGGUUAUUAUGAGGACUUGGAUAAAGGUGUCACAUUGUUUCGUCAAGGAGACAUCGGUACAAAUUGGUACAUAGUCCUCUCUGGGAGUCUGGAGGUCCUUGUGUCGGAGACCGGAGACCACAAGGAUGCGAUCAUUGUCAGUACUCUGGCCCCAGGGACGUGUUUCGGGGAAUCCAUCCUGACUAACAAACCCAGAUAUGGUACAGUGACCACGAGAGAGUUUACGGAACUCAUCCGAGUGGAACAGAAAGACUUCAAAAUCCUCUGGGAGGGUAGCAAGAAAUUGCUGGAAGGAGUCAUCACCCCCUUAGAGAGAUUGUCAACAACAGCAAAUCAGCUGCAGUAUUCUCCCGCAAUAUCCAGACAAGGCCAAGGAAGACGAAAAUCAUCGGCAGUAGCACGAUUAAAUGGCCAGUCUAAUCCUGCUGCCCCCAUUACCAGUAUUCCCUCGGAAAAGUUGAAACGAGCUGGCCGUGUUCUUAGGACAGUUCUUUUAACACGGGCUCCACAUAUGGUGCGCGACAGGAAAUACCAUUUACGGACGUACAGGAAGUGCAUGGUGGGAACGGAGAUGGUGGAGUGGCUGCUGCAACAGAGUCCCAUCGUGCACUCGAGAAAUCAAGCGGUCGGCAUAUGGCAGGCACUCUGUGAGGAGGGAAUUAUAGUUCAUGUGUGCAGGGAGCACCAGUUUAAGGACAAGUACCUGUUCUACCGGUUCUGUGAGGAUGACCAGGGGGUGGGGACAGUUCCAAACCACGCCCAGAAGAAGGAGUGCGAGGAGGAGCUACAGGAUACCCUGAUAACGCUGGCCCAGAUCGGCCCCGACGCCAUGAUGAGAAUGAUUCUCCGCAAACUACCACAUGACAGAACAUUAGAUGACCUUGAGAUUAUCUACGAGGAGCUGCUUCACAUCAAAGCUUUAUCCCACUUAUCGACCAGUGUCAAGCGGGAGCUAGCCAGUGUUCUUGUGUUCGAAUCCCAUGCCAAGGCAGGCACAGUUUUGUUCAAUCAAGGGGAUGAGGGGAAAUCUUGGUACAUCAUCCUGAAAGGCUCAGUCAAUGUAGUCAUCUAUGGCAAGGGAGCUGUAUGUACUCUACAUGAGGGAGAUGACUUUGGGAAACUGGCAUUGCUUAAUGAUGCACCAAGGGCUGCAACAAUUGUUUUACGGGAGGACAAUUGCCAUUUUCUUCGAGUUGAUAAAGAGGACUUCAACAGAAUAUUAAGGGAUGUAGAAGCAAACACAGUCAGAUUAAAAGAACACGGCCAGGAUGUGUUGGUUCUGGAGAAGAUCCCCACAAAAUCACAAGCAGCAGAUGGAACUAUGCAAUCUCACUAUAAUAGCAAGAACAGGUCUGACAAAGUUGGCCAUGUCCCUUGCAGGUAUUCUGUUAUGGCAGGUACUCCGGAGAAAAUGUUGGAACAUCUCCUGGAAACCAGACUAGACAACACAAAAUCUGAGGAAACCACAGACAGCUUCCUGGAGGACUUCCUCCUAACACAUGUGAUAUUUAUGCCCACAGAGAAGCUCUGUCCAGCAUUACUCUCAUAUUAUGAUGCCAAGUCUCUAAAAACAGAGGAGCAGGAUGCGGGCGACUAUGGACUGACCCAGAAGAAGAGCGUGGUCCAGUUCGUACAGGAGUGGCACAACCUGGCCGAGGAUAUCUUCAAUGAAGACGAACAGAUCCAGGUGUUUCUCCAGGAACUACACAGUUAUGUGGAUGAAGACUGCGCCUCAUUUCCAUGCCUGGCCUCAGAACUUACAGUAUUAGAGGGCAUGAUGUCUUGUGAAAAGGGCUUUCAGUUUAUUAAUACACCUGAGGUUGGGAAGAGGCGAAUUUCGCCCAGUGUAAUGUUGACGAAGAAGAUGGCCAAUGAACUUUAUCUAGAUAGCAUUAACAAAAAACAGCCAAUCAAAGCCAACGAUGAAAAUAUAGUGAAGAUCUACUGUGCAGAUCAUACAUAUAGUACACUACGUCUACCAAUGAGCUCGUCUGUCCACUCCCUCAUUGAGCAUGCUCGGGAAAAACUAGGGUUAGGCUCGGAGGAAUUGGUCUUGUGCGAGAUCAAGUCUUCUGGAGACAGAGUACUCUACAAGGAGGACGAUCUGUGCGUCACCACCGGCCUCAGUCUGAACGGUCUCCUGUUCAUCUCCCCGCGUAAACACCUGGACGCUCUAACACCUCACCCAGAGCAAGAGGGACCCUCUAUAGGGACGGCCAACAUCCUUGAACUACUCAGCACAAAAGAAAUAGCCUAUCACAUGACUAUCCAUGACUGGCAACUAUUCAUAUGUGUACAAGAGUAUGAACUAAUAUAUCAAGUAUUAGGAAGAUCCAAUUUUAACAAAAUCACAGCUAAUUUGGAUUUGUUUCUGCGGAGAUUUAACGAGGUGCAGUACUGGGUGGUCACUGAAAUGGUACUUGCUCAAAAUGUCGGCAAACGAGUCCAGCUUCUACGAAAGUUUAUCAAAGUUGCAGCACAUUGCAAAGAAUUCCAGAAUUUACAUUCUUUUUUUGCCAUUGUUAUGGGACUUAGCAACAUUGCAGUGAGCCGACUGUCUCAGACAUGGGAGAAACUCCCAGGGAAAUUUAAGAAAAUGUUUGCCGAUUUUGAGACGCUGAUGGAUCCUUCCAGAAACCAUCGUGUGUAUCGGUUGUCUGUCUCCAAACUCACUCCCCCCAUCAUUCCAUUCAUGCCUCUUCUGAUGAAAGAUCUGACUUUCACACAUGAUGGCAACAAAACCUACUUCGAUGGCCUUGUCAAUUUUGAGAAAAUGCACAUGAUCGCUCAAACAAUAAGAAAUGUGCGCAUUUGUAGAAGUCGAAGAUUAGAUUUAGAGCCUCCCAAUACUGCCAAGUCUUCUACUGAAGUUCAAGAUUACAUUAGAAAUCUACAAGUAAUAGACAAUCAACGAGUGUUGACUCAACUUUCUUAUAAGCUGGAACCCAGAAGAACUUAAAGGAAUGCUUCCAACAAUUUGUUCCAAAUAGCAUCCCAAAAUGGAGGGAGACAACUGGAAUUGGGAAUAAUACAUUAUCUUCCACAAUCCCUCACAACUCUCUACAAGAGCAUAUAAAUUUUCAAAGUGCAAUUUCUCUCCCUUUCACCUAAUCUAAUCUAGUUGUGAUUUUCAUGUACCUGGACUCAGAUUUAUUCAAGAUUCAGUAUUUUUACCCGGUUUCUUAUGUUGUGAAAAAUCAAGAAAUCCGUUAUAAUUUCUUCAAUAUUUACUCUGGAUUUUUUUUUCAUAUCAGUUGCUGUAUUGUCUCUGUGGGUUGAAUGUCUUGACAAUCAAAUAAAUUUAUUUUGUGAUAGAUAUUUUUAAAAAAGAGAGAUGUUUCAUAAAGAAAAAAUACAAUUAAAUUUGUUGUACAACAUGUCUAUUUUUGGGAUUAUUAGAAAAAUCUUUUUAAACAGGGACUUGUUUCUGUAAUGAAUGAAAUUUAUAGACAGAGCUAUAUAUACUUUCUGAAUUAUACAAGUACAUUUUCUUCUUCUGUGCAAGUUUAACUUUUUCAAACAAGAAUAAAUAACAUUCCUCAUUCUUAGAUAGUGAUAUUAGUUCAGCAAAUAGUUGAACAAAUUGCUUAAAGAACCUUAUUUUCCUCAGUGUUUGCAUGUGUUAAAAAUUGAACUGAAAAUUGUUUUAUCAUAAUCAAGAGAGGGAAAAAUUUUCAUGCAUUAUUUCAUAGUGUAAGUUUUUUGAAGAAGGGGAAAAGAACUAACAAUUGUUUAGAAAUAAAUCUAAUUAUUUUGUAAAGAACUACCCGGUAGGUGCAAUUUCAGUCAUAUUUUGCCCAGUUUGAAGUGAUUUUUAUGCCCCCCUUCGAAGCAGGGAGGGCAUAUUGCUUUGCUGCCGUCUGUCGGUCGGUCAGUCGGUCCACCAACAGUUUCCGCUCAUUAUUUUGCAGAGGAUGAACAUAUAGAAAUGAAAUUUUAUAUACAGAUUAAUCAUGAUAAUAUCUAGGUCAAGUUCGAUAUUGGGUACAAUCAAGCAAUUUUCGACAGAGUAAUGGCUCUUGGACAUAGAAAAAUUUCAGUUAUUUGCAGUUUCCGCUCAGAGGGUGCACAUAUUGAUAUGAAAUUUGGUAUACAGAUUUACCUAAAUAAUAUCUACAGGUAGGUUGAGUUUGAUUUUGGGUAUGAUAGAGCAAUUCAACAGAGUUUUAUCCCUUGGACUUCGAAAAAUUCCAGUUAAUUCCAGUUAAUUGCAGUUUACGUUCAUUUUCUUUGUGGAUAUUUUCAAGGGAGGGGGGCAUAAGUGUUUCACAAACAUCUCUUGUUCAAAAUAUAUCACAAAAUACUAUAUUGUAUCAUUAAUUUACAAAAAAAUACCAAUAAAUUAAUAUAUAAAUAGUUACGAGAUAGGACUUUUCACAAUGGUAAUUGUGACAUCAUAAACAGUGCAUUUUCCCAUAUUUUUUCUUAAGACUAAGCAGACGACAUUAAUUUUUCAAUGGUUAUUUGAAUAGAAAACUAUGUUCGCAGCCGUCGCCCACAAUGAAAUUCACAUUAUAACUUUAUCGUGUGAUAGUACAUAACAUACUUUAAUUUAGUUCUGGGUGACGGCUGCAUACACAUUUUUGUCCUUGAAAAACUUUGAGAAAAUGUGCUAUUUUUUCAUCUUUUUUGACAACAUCUUAAAAAUAUGACUAAAUGUUGAAGUCAUUAUUUUGUUUUGAAAACAGGAUGAAAGUGUAAAACUUGGCACUUUAUAUACACAUGUAUUCAAGAUAUUGUAUGUAUAUUUUCAUGUGAUUUAAACAACUUUUGUUUUGAAUUUUCAAAAAGACUUUUGAAUUUUAAGGCAAAUAUUAAAAGAAACUGUACUUCCUUCUUAGAAAACAAGUCAAUUGAACUUUUUUCUAGAAGAAAAAAUCUUUGUUUACUGCUGCAAAUAUAAACUCAUUGAAGUGCCUAUACCAGUAAAGCUGUAUACUACUUUCCCCAAACAUGAUAGAAAUUCAUAGGCUUUCGUGAAAGGAAAUAUCCAACAUUCUUUUGAUUCAGAAUUAAAGUUAACAAAACAUUUCACAAAGGCAGUGAGGAGAUCUAUUGGGGCACAUUUUUGUAAUCAAUUUCUUAAUAAUUUUUAAGACUUAUUUUUUAAACUCUGUCAUCUUUUGAUCGCUCAAAUAUCAUUUGAUCUUUCUCAACACUUCAGAAAUAAUGGAGGACAACAAAAGAAAUAUUUUUUUGGAGAUGACCAAUCAAGUUGGUCUCAGUAAGGGCAAUAAUUCACUUUAUGUGUACAUUCCUGUAUUAGAGGUAUCACUGGUACUCCAGCUCACAUCGAAACUUGUACAUAUCACAGCAUCUGUUGAUGUAUAAAAGCUCUUGGUUUUAAAGUUGUUAUUUAUUGUAGAUUCUAUAUUGUAAAGAAUUCAUUUUCCUUUUCUUGCAACUAUAAACCAAAGACACAAUAAAAAAGAAAUUUUGAAUAAA